UUCUCCGAAAAGUCCAAACAGAACAUUCCCCCACCUGUUUGACGGUCGAGUCUGUAUUCGAAGACGCAGGCGCACAGCUCGCUUCUCCCAUACCGAAUAACCCUAACAACCCGUGACUUUUUGAGUCCCACCAAUCCCGCGUCAAUCUCCCGUGAACCCAGCCCGCCUUCCAUUUUCCUUUCCCAAGUCACCGCACCGUACUCCUCGUUCAUGCUUACCGCGUCCACCUACUCACACUACCAUCCAAAUUGAUCUCUCAGACUCUCUCUCUCUCUCUCUCUCUCUCUCUCUCUCUCCACUGCGCGCUAUUUUAGUGGAUCGAUUCGAUAUGGCCACUACCCAUCAAAGAAAAUCCACAAAACUACUCCAUAAAAGCAGCUCCAACACCUUCCUGUUUUCUAAGCCGACCAAACUUCUUGUAAUUUCCAUGGCUUGCAUCUUCUUUGUCUCCCUUGUCCUUUUUCUUUCCCUCUCUUCAGCCUCCCACUCCGAGAACCGUCACCAUGCCGGCAAAUCCAGUCCUGAUGCUCCCUCCUCCAUCUCUGCCGCGAUCCGCCAGGCCUGCAAGGCCACUCGCUUCCCUAGCCCAUGCGAGACCUCUUUGACCCAAUCCAACCACGUGCCCCCCAACCCCACCCCUCUCCAGCUCAUCCAGUCUGCCAUCUGGGUCUCCUCCCAGAACCUCCACACCGCCCAAUCCAUGGUCAAGUCCAUCCUGGACUCCUCCGCAGGGAAUCUGAACCGCACCACAGCCGCCAACAACUGCCUGGAGUCCCUCAGAAACUCCGAUUACCGGAUCUCUCGGACUACCGAAGAUGCACUGCCACAUGGCAGGAUCAAGGACGCGAGGGUCUGGAUGAGCGCCUCCUUGCUCUACCAACAAGAUUGUUGGUCCGCACUCAAGUACGCGAACGACACCCAGAUGGUGAACUCGACGAUGUCGUUUCUGGACUCGUUGGUUGGGCUCACGAGUAACGCGCUGAGCAUGGUGUUCUCGUACAGUGUUUUCGGGAACGAGACCGGGUCGUGGGCCCCACCCAAGACCGAGCGGGACGGGUUCUGGCAGGGAGGUGGCGGCUCUGGGUCGGAUUUCCGGGGCGGUUUCCCGUCGAAGCUAACGGCGGAUGCGACCGUGUGUAAGGACGGGAGUGGCGGGUGCUACAAGAAGGUGCAGGAGGCAGUUGACGCCGCACCUGAUAACGCCGGGGAACGGAAGUUCGUGAUACAUAUAAAGGAGGGGGUGUACGAGGAAACUGUCAAAAUCCCAUUAGAGAAGAAGAACGUGGUGUUUUUAGGAGACGGGAUGGGCAAAACGGUCAUUACGGGGUCGUUGAACGUCGGCCAGCCUGGGAUUUCGACAAUCAACACAGCCACAGUUGGUGUUAGUGGUGAUGGAUUCAUGGCCAGCGGCCUCACAAUCCAGAACACGGCCGGUCCUGAUGCACACCAAGCAGUGGCCUUCAGAUCAGACAGUGAUCUAUCCAUCAUUGAGAAUUGUGAAUUUUUAGGCAAUCAAGAUACACUCUAUGCUCGCUCCCUCCGCCAAUUUUACAAAUCAUGCCGCAUUCAGGGAAAUGUGGAUUUCAUUUUUGGAAACUCGGCAUCAGUUUUUCAAAAUUGCCAGAUCUUAAUCCGCCCUCGGCAAUUAAAUCCAGCAAAGGGCGAGAAAAAUGCCGUCACUGCACAUGGCAGAACCGACCCUGCACAAGUGACAGGUUUUGUUUUUCAGAAUUGCUUGAUAAAUGGCACCGAGGAAUACAUGGCACUGUAUCAUAGCAACCCCAAAGUACACAAGAAUUAUUUGGGGAGGCCAUGGAAGUUGUACUCAAGGACAGUUUUUAUACACUGUAACUUAGAAGUUCUUAUUACACCAGAAGGCUGGCUGCCAUGGGAUGGCGAUUUUGCAUUGAAAACACUCUAUUAUGGGGAAUUUGGGAAUUCUGGAGUAGGCUCUGAUUUGUCCCAGAGAGUAACCUGGAGUAGCAAGAUCCCGACAGAGCACAUACUCACAUAUUCCGUUGAGAAUUUUAUCCAAGGAGAUGAGUGGAUUCCAUCUUCUCAGUAAUUAUUUUCAAAUUGUGCAGAAAUAAUGGCCUUAAUGUGUCUAGAACUCUAACGAUAUUGGGAGAUUCCAAAUUUUUAGCUACAUUUGAUCUCCAUCCAUAUGGGAUAUCUCUUCAGAGUGGGGUUUAUGCUUAAGCAUGUUAUGAGCCUUUGUAAAUUUAUAUAAUUUGUGUUUUUAGUAUAUCUCUCUCCUGACAUCUGUUGUGUAACUCUAGGAGAGGUAGAAGAGAAUUGGAUGGGUGUAAUUUCAACUUCAUCAUAUAAAAUAUUACAUGAUUGUGCUAAA